UUACAUGUAUGUAUUCAUCCUACCUUUGCUAAACAUGCUGCAUGGCCAACUUGUUAAGCAAACGUCCAGGUUUGAAUUGGUGUUUCGCUGAGGUCAGAAAUUCAACCUGUUGGUUUACCCGUUAAAAAAAUCACGUCACUGUAGUUCGGGUUAACUCUAACCCAUCAACCUGGGAUAUAUACCGACUGUAAUGACCCGAACUAAUUCAUUUGACAUGCACAUGCCCCGAACAUGGAGUCCAUGCUGAACAAGCUCAAAAGUACCGUCACCAAGGUGACGGCCGACGUCACCAGCGCCGUCAUGGGCAACCCAGUGACGAGGGAGUUCGAGGUGGGCCGCCACAUCGCCAGCGGGGGGCCUGGCCUCUGCUGGAGGAUCUACAACGGCACCAAGAAGUCCACCAAACAGGAAGUGGCUGUGUUUGUGUUCGACAAGAAGUUGAUUGACAAGUACCAGAAGUUUGACAAAGACCAGAUCAUCGACUCGCUGAAACGAGGGGUGCAGCAGCUUACCCGCCUCCGGCACCCCCGCCUGCUGACGGUGCAACACCCGCUGGAGGAGUCUCGAGACUGUCUGGCCUUCUGCACGGAGCCGGUGUUCGCCAGCCUGGCCAACGUGAUGGGCCGGUGCGACCACCUGCCGAGCCCCGUCCCCCAAGACAUCAAGGAGUACAAACUGUACGACGUGGAGACCAAGUACGGCCUGCUCCAGGUCUCAGAGGGCCUUGUGUUCCUGCACAGCGGGGUGAAGAUGGUGCACGGCAACCUGUGUCUGGAAAACAUCAUUCUCAACAAGAGCGGGGCGUGGAAGAUCAUGGGCUUCGACCACAGCAUCUCCUCAGCCAACCCCUCUGAGGCCGAGCCCAGGUACACGUGUAAGGAGUGGGAGCCCAGCCUCCCGGCGCUGUGCCUGCCUAACCCGGAGUACCUGGCCCCGGAGUACAUCCUGUCCGUCAGCUGUGACUCCGCCUCCGACAUGUACUCUCUGGGCGUGGUGGUGCACGCCGUCUUCAACGAGGGCCAGCCCGUGUGCCAGGUCAACAAGCACGACCUCUUCAAGAGCUUCAGCCGCCAGCUGGACCAGCUCAGCAGCAUGAGCCCCACCAUGCUGAACCACAUCCCAGAGGAGGUGCGCGACCACGUCAAGAUGCUGCUCAGCGUCGCCCCCAACGUGCGCCCCGACGCCGACCAGAUGACCAAGAUCCCGUUCUUCGAUGACGUCGGCGCCAUGACCCUGCAGUACUUUGACUCGCUCUUCCAGAGGGACAACCUGCAGAAGUCUCAGUUCUUCAAGGGCCUUCCCAAAGUCCUGCCCCAGCUCCCCAAGAGAGUGGUGGUCUACCGGAUCCUGCCGGCUCUGACCGGGGAGUUCGUCAACCCUGACAUGGUGCCCUUCGUGCUGCCCAAUGUGCUGCUGAUCGCCGAGGAGUGCACCAAGGAUGAGUACAUCCGCCUCGUCCUGCCCGACCUCACGCCCGUCUUCAAGCAGCAGGAGCCCAUCCAGGCUAGCAAUAUGAUCCUGCUGAUCUUCCUGCAGAAGAUGGACCUCCUGCUGACCAAGACGCCCCCGGACGCCAUCAAGAGCAGCGUGCUGCCCAUGGUGUACCGGGCCCUGGAGGCGCCGUCGGUGCAGAUCCAGGAGCUGUGCCUGAACAUCAUCCCAACGUUCGCCAACCUGAUCGACUAUCCCUCCAUGAAGAACUCUCUCAUCCCCCGCGUCAAGUCCGCCUGUCUCCAGACGUCCUCGCUCGCAGUGCGGGUGAACUCCCUAGUGUGUCUGGGCAAGAUCCUGGAGUACCUGGACAAGUGGUACGUCAUCGACGAGGUCCUGCCCUUCCUGCAGCAGAUCCCCUCCAGAGAGCCGGCCGUGCUCAUGGGCGUCCUCGGCAUCUAUAAGUGCACCUUCUCACACAAGAAGCUGGGCAUUCCUAAGGAGCACCUAGCCAGCAAGUGCCUGCCACACCUUGUCUCGCUCAGCAUAGACAACAACCUCAACCUUAACCAGUUCAACUCCUUCAUGGUGAUGAUCCGGGAGAUGCUGAGCCGCAUGGAGGUGGAGCACAAGACUAAGCUGGAGCAGCUGCACGCCAUGCAAGAGCAGCAGAGGAGCAUGGCGAUAUCGACCACAGGCAACCAAUCGGGGGAGAGCAAGAGCACGCCCAGCUCCGGCAAUCAGAUCGAGCAUCUCUUCGGCAGCGGCGGGCUGACAGCCAACGGCUCGUCCACACCGGCCCCACAGCCCAGCAGAGUGUCGCUGACUUUGGAGGAGAAGCAGCGCUUGGCUAAAGAGCAAGAGCAGGCCUCUAAACUAAGGAACCAACAACCCUUGGCCCCGCAGGCCGCUAAACCAGCGGCCGCCGCCACUCAGGCGAAGGAUCUGACCCACAGUCUCCUCCUCCAAAACAAGGCAUCGCUCAGCAGCCUGUCUCUGGGCAACACGUCGCGGCCGGCGCCAGUCCAGGGCACCGCCAUGUCGGCCUACCCCAGCCCCAUGGGCGCCCCGGUGUCCAAUGGCUUCAACCCCUCCAUGGGCUUCCAGGCAUCGGGUAUGGGCAUGGGCGUGUGUCCCCCGGGCCCCAGCCUCUACGGGGGCAUGGCCACCACCACCAGCACUCCCAACUUCAGCACCCUCACCCAGAGUCAAGGAGCCCUCGGGCAGACGAACAAGGCGCCCAACAUGGCUGCCCUGGACAAUCUCUUCACCGCCAACAAGCCCCGGGCAACGCUCCACCAGCUGUGCUCCAGUGUGACCCCCGCAGCCAACAGCCCCCCUUGGCGUAAUCAAUUUGGUCCUGGCCAGGCCAAUCAGACUGCACCCGUUCAGGGCAUACCAUUAGGAAUGGGAGGGGUGCCAAGUGGGUUCGGAAUGCAGGCCAACCCAUUCUUCAGCCCGCAGAACUUCUCUCAGCCCCCUUCUGCCCUGAGUGUGAAUCCCGCAGCGCUCAAGCAAACGGCUUCGGUUAACAAUGACCUCAAGGACUUGUUUGGCUAGAAAUACAAGGCGUUGCGUGAGUCCAU